UUUCAAAGGCCUGUCCCUCCCAGCUGUCUAGACGUUUCCCAUGUUACAGCACUUGAAAAUAAGGCCUACACUGCGCACUAGACAACUAAAUCUCAUCAUCAAGACUAGCGUCCAGCCGCAAUCUUCCGUCGGAACCCAUUCUCACCUACGCUCCCAGAGCCAAACCACAUCCACAUCUAACUCGACGAUGUCCCCCAAAGCGACGACCCCGAAGCCAGCUCCAGCAGCAACGAAAACAAACACGACCAAACCCCUCCCAACCGACCUCCCCAUCCACACUUUCCCGACUCCCUCCUCGUUCGAGACCUUCCUAAGCCAAAACCACAACUCGCUCCCGGGAAUGUAUAUCAAAUUCGCCAAAAAGAACUCCGGCAUCCCAUCCAUCACCGCCUCCCAAGCCGUUGAAAUCGCACUCUGCUACGGCUGGAUCGACGGGCGCGCAAGCUCUCUUAACGAUCAGUACUGGCUAGUACGCUACACACCCCGACGCCCAAAAAGUCUCUGGUCCGCAAAGAAUGUAGCAACUGUGCAGCGGCUUAUCGACGAGGGACGAAUGCGCGAUGCGGGAUUGGCGGCCGUGGAGGCGGCGAAGAAAGAUGGGCGGUGGGAGAGGGCGUAUGAUGGGCCGGCUAACAUUGGGGUUCCCGCGGAUUUGGAGGAGGCAUUAGAGAAGCAUGAAGAAGCCAGAAGGGUGUUUGAGGGGUUGAAUCGGUCGGAAUGGUAUCAGGUGUUGCAUCGGUUGCAGACAGGCGCGGUGUCCACGAGGCGGGAGAGGAUUGAAGCUGUGGUUGACAUGCUGGCGAGGCGAAACACUGCGAUGCCAAGGGCAAAGGCAAGGGCAUCGUCAGCGGGUGCGAGAACGUUCAAGGUCGAGAAGAAGCAGGCUGUAAUUAAGGGGAAGAAGGGUAAGAAAGCCGAUGUGGAGACCGAGGCCUUAUCGUCCGAUGGAAGUGCUAGACAAUUGCGGUCUCGUAAACCACGUCAGUAGCAUC